AUGAACCACUCCAACAGUGUCGCAUUUGUGUUCCUCUGUGCAGUUCUUCAUCUCACUUUAUGUUUCAGCUAUGGAGACGACUGCUUGGAAACUAUCAUAGGGGACACAAACGCUUACAAAGCUCCAAUUGGGGGAAACCUACAGAUUAAUUGUACCUACAAGUAUGCUACCCGCUCUUAUCAAAAUUGCAGUGUCUCCUGGUUUAAAUUGGAGAAUGCCACUUUUGUGCCAGUGACCACGGACUCUCUUACUGACUUUAAAUUGAUACAUUUAAGCCAUUUGGAAAAAAUUUUGUUAUUGUGCUUCACAAAUAUACAAAAAAGCAAUGCAGGGUUAUAUCGCUGUAAAAGUGGACUCACCGUAGGCCACAACAUCGAAGUUACUGUGUAUGGUAUAACCGAAAGAGGCUGGUGGAUGUAUGCGUACUCUGUUGCAGGCACAAUUGCCUUUGUCAUCGUAGUUAUAUUUAUUUCUGUCAUUUCAAUGCUGUGGUGUAAAGGCGACUCAGAGAGAGAAACACAAACUGGAAAUCAGAACCUGAAUUUGGUAAACCAGCCACCAAGUGCCAAAUCAGAAGUCACACAAACCUCGUCCUCCAGCUACAUUUACAGUAAAGUGAGUUUAGAUGAUGACAACCAUACAAACUCAAGGACUGCGGAAGGAGACAUCGUCGCAUAUGCCGCUCUUGAUCACAAGCGGUUUCCCGCUGCUUCUACACGACCAAGGAGGCCAAAAGAGGAGUGUUCAGUGUAUGCAGACAUACGAGUAUGA